UACCGGUCAUUCGGCAUUCGUAUCGCGAAGCGCGCCAGACGCACGCGCGAGUUCGGCCGUUGCGUUUUACGCGGGAAAUUCUUUACGUCAUUGUUUACGUGAACUAUAGACAAUAUUACAUGAAUCGAAUGAAUAUCGAUAAAAAAUAAUAUAAUUACCAUGGAUUACAAAAUGGAACUCGUUACGCUGCUUUUAUGCGUUAUACCUGCGUUUGUCGCAUCAAUCACAAUCACACCAAAUGGAAACAGUCCCGAAAUUAAAAUGGUUGGAGGAAUGUCCAUGGACGUGCAGCAGGAUUUCGUACCAAUGGAAUCAAAAAUAGAAGAAAUUGCUGUCAGAACAACCCGUGGAAAGAAGCGAAAAUCGCAAACUAAUAAUAACUCUACGAAGUUGUCGAUCAACGAAAGAUACAGGAGACUAAUACCUUAUAUGACAUUCUACUAUGCCAACGAUUUGGCGACACCGGUGACGGAUAACGUAAAGGAAGUUGAAGUAGAAAAAGCACAAAUACUUGAAGCUAGCGGUAUAAAUCAUGCCAAUAAUCGUGAGCCCAAGAAAAUUGUUUAUUCUAAUAGAAACAUUCCUAGAUACCAAGGAAACAGAUUAACUCAACACAACAUCGCGUCAGCAAAUCCAACGAAAAUCUAUUACAAAGGAGGUGUACCAGUUUACCAUGCUCCAAGCAAAAUAUCGCCAAAUUACAAUCCCUUGUUUACGGAAUUUAAUAACGGAGUCUUGCGAAAUGAAUACGAAAACGUCAGAUUGGUUCAUAAGCAAGCACCAAAACCUCAAGGCAUUUCGUUUAUACCAACAACCAGAAAGCCUUAUCUGAAUUUAUACAAUGAGGACUCGCCCAACAUUCGGUAUUAUUUGUCGGAGAAACCGAAAUAUAAAUUGGUUCCUUAUGAGCAAACUCCUCCCGUUAAAGUACCAGAAAAUGAGAACGUAUAUGACAUAACAAAAAAACCAGUACCAGUAUCGGUGUUAAUACCUAAAGAGCAUGUUUAUGUGAAGGCAAGACCGGCUCGGCCUCAGUAUGUUUACGACAACAUUGAUGUUCAACAACCAACCAUCAGGAAGCAACCAUCAAUUGUUUCUGAAAGUUAUUAUGAGAAACAACGUCCACAACUCCUGCUGGCUCAACCUAUUGUGCAAAGUGGGUUCAAACCAAUAGUUAACUCACCUCAAUAUUCUAAGGAACCUGCAACUUAUACUACGAGCGUACCUGAUAUUGAUCCUGAUUUUGAAAAUCAGAAGUACCAUGAAACACAUUUACAGUCUCCGCAAAAUGGAAACUAUGAGGAUCUAAAGCCUCAAUACUAUCAAUAUGUGGUUGACCAGGCCCCAACAUACAAACCUCCACAAGCAACAUCUAACAGUGGAGCAGCAGCUCCACUGGCGUCUCUGUUGAAUUCGCUUCAGUUGAAUAAGUCCAUUCCAAAGCCCAUUACAAAAGAAAAUGUCAGUGCGUCCAUUAGGACUUUACUGCAAGUGCUAAAUGUUUUGAAGGCUGUACCACAAUCAGGCAAUGGAGAUGUCCCGGUUCUUAGCACCCCCAAACCAUUUGUGGCGUCAGAACUGGUUAAAGUAUCCAAACCAAGUAUUGAUGCUCAACCGGAGCCAGAACCGGAGCAGCCAUUACCGGAAACAGAAUUUCCUGAAGAACCAUACCUCGCGCCCGUGGACACUCCUUCCCAACAACUUGAUGAGUUAUCACCUGGCGUUGGAACCAGUCAACAUUUCCCUUUGCAGCAGACAUCAGACGACGAAGGUGGCACUCCAGGACGACCAGGCAUUGACUACCCCAUACUUACCACGAUCCCUACCACCAGCUUCGACUGCAAGACGCAGCGGUACAAAGGCUUCUUCGCAGAUCCUGAGACACGUUGUCAGGUGUGGCAUUACUGUGACCUAAACGGAGGACAGGCGUCGUUCUUAUGCCCGAACGGGACGAUAUUCUCCCAGGCGGGACUUACCUGCGACUGGUGGUUCAACGUGCGUUGCGCUACCACUACUCAGCUCUACGUACUCAACGAGAGCUUGUACAAGUACAUCUUGCCACAUUCGCCCAAGUUCCCUGAGGAUUACAGUGGCCCACUGGUUGACAAAUACCUGACCCUAAAAUUCAAAGAAAUGGAGGAACAAUUCAAAAAGAACAAGAACAAGCAGAGUGCUUCUGAAAAAACUGAUUCAGACGAAGAAGAAUCUGAUGACUCUGGUGAAAAUUCUACUGAGAAGGAAGAUUCCAGUGAGAAAGAGGACACUGAAGGGGGCAAAGGAGAGAGUCCAGUCAGUGAAACCAGUGUCAUUGUAGACUCGCCCGGUGAGAGUGGGAAAGUCGAAAGGCUACAAGAAUAGUUCUACCAUCACUAAUAGGGUAGAUGUCUAAUUUUUAUUUUAAUGUCCGUCUUGUAGAUUAUUCUAAAAUAUUAGACACGUAUUUUUUAUUUUCUUACGGAAACAAAUACCUUCUAAGAUAUAGAUUAGAAAUAUCGCGUGACGUCACUUCUAGGUACAUUUUCUUAAACUUUAAUUCAUUUUAUCCAAGCAUUGAUAUCUUUGAAAUAACAAAAUAAAAAUGCGUGUCUAAUACUUUUUUAUUGCCUAACUGACGGACUAAAUAGAUUUUUAAUUUUCAUACCCCGUCAUCAUCCUUAUUUAUUAUUAUAAGUGAAUAGUUACACACACGUCCCUCCGAUAUUAAAGUCAGUGUUUCGAUUCGCCUCAAUACUAGUGGCGCAGUAAGAGGGACGUCUCUAGAUCUUUGUAUAAAAAAUAUUCUGUAGUGAAUGAAUAAGGUAAUGUUCUCGCAUUUUAUAACGCAAGAAUUUGUUGCAGUCGGGUAUUAAGAGAUAUUGCCUAUAAUACAAAAAAAUGUAAGUCGAAUUGUAAAGGACAUCUCCUUAAAUGUAUGACUACUAUGAGGGUGUAGAGUAUAACAAUAACUGUGAUAGGUACCUAAGUAAAUGGAAUCCCAUCAAAAACAUCCUGUAAAAAACCCAAGUCUCGCAGCUCAGUCUUUCUACCGUCAAAAGUUGUGAGAUCCAUGUAAUACCAAGUCGGUUAAUCUAUUUAGUGUCUACUUGAAGGACCUUCUGUCUUAAGUUAUUACAUAAGUUAUUACCAUGCCAAUAUUAAAAAUAUUUAACGUUUUAAACAAAUAGAUCGACUUGGACAUCGCUUGAUUUGAUUAUUAGUAUGUAUCACACUACACAGCACGACGGGCCAGCGACCAACAGGAACGAGAGUUUCAAUCGCGUGAGGCGCGAGAGACUAAAGAAUCUAAUAUAAUAUUGUAAUAUUCAUUUUGUUUUCAUGCGAUGUCCAAGUCGAUCUAUUUGUUUAAAACGUUAAAUAUUUUUAAUAUUGGCAUGAUAAUAACUUAUGUAAUAACUUAAGACAGAAGGUCCUUCAAGUAGACACUAAAUAGAUUAACCGACUUGGUAUUACAUGGAUCUCACAACUUUUGACGGUAGAAAGACUGAGCUGCGAGACUUGGGUUUUUUACAGGAUGUUUUUGAUGGGAUCUCACUUCUUUUUGUAGAGCCUUUCUUUUUGAUACCAUCUACUUCUAACGAAUUUUGUUAAAGGUCUUAUGAUAUUUUCUUAUUUUUAUAUGUAGUCUUCCUCUUUUUCUUUUCCGGUACUACUUCUUGAGCUUCAGCCACAGUUUUUCUCAAAGCCCACUCCCUGUCUCUAUGGGCUUUUCUCGGAGGCUUACCUAUUAAAUUUAUAACCACCACCAACCACCAACUGCAUAAAUAACUUUGUAAUCCCAUAUAUUUAUAUGGGAUUACAAAGUUAUUGAUGCAGUUGGUGUAUUUGGAAAACUGGACCGAAAUUACAAAAUAUUUAAGUUUUCCCAUGAUUAAGACACUAAACUCUAUAUGUAUUCCAAAUAUGAAGCUUCUAAGUCUGCUAGAAGUGCCUUGGACUUUUGAUGAUCGGUGAGUCAGUGAGUGACAAAAUUUAGAAACUUUAACAAGUUGUCAUUCUUAAACUACUGGUUCAAAUUGACUGAAAUUUUAAAUAUUCCGUGUUUAUACAAUGCCGGAUUAGUUACUGAAGAUUCAGGUUUCUUGCUUUAUCCACAACCGAAUUAUAGGGGGUCCAAAAAGGCCCGAAUUGCUUCGAGAAAAGGAUGGUACGGCCGUGCCGCUUUUUUUUUGCUCGACUUGGCGGGGGCACUGCCGUGCCCCCAGAUUUCAAGCUAACUCUGAGUAAAUGUCUCUAUGCCAGUGUAAGUUAGUACUGAUUGUAUUGCGAGUAAUAAGUGAAUACGGAUUAUUUUGUACGUUGUUUUGCCAUUUUCAAUGUAUGCUUCUCUUAUAAAUUAUGAUUAGUUUUUAGAGAAUUAAACUUGCCAUAUGUUGCCAUGUUUAAUUCAGUUUCAAUGUAACUAGGUAAGUUUGUGUAUCAAAAUUGAAGACUUGGAGUCACAAGUAGGUAAUUUAAUUGUAGGUAAUGCAAGUAUUUAUAGUUGAAUACUCAUAGUGAUAUUUGUGCAAUGUGUAAAUAAAUCACACCUAUUGUAUGUGUUGCCAUUAACAUGAUAAUCAUUGAACUGUGCAAUAAAAUUAUUUUAUUUACCGAA